AUGUGUGGCAUCAAGUGUAUCAAGACACUUCUUUUCGUUUUCAAUUUCAUCUUUUGGGUAUGUGUAUGUUUUGUUAGUAUUAAUACAAUAACAUUUCCUUGUCGAGCUGAAAUUUAGAAUACCACUUUAAGAAUAUUUAACUGAUUUCACAGUUUGGCUGGUUGAUAAGUCCGCAUAGUUUGUCAGGAAGUUUUCAUCUAUAAUUCUUCGGCAGAUCUGUCGAUUUCCUUAUUUCAAUAACUGAAUUCACAAGUCGAGAGUUCUUCAUAUUCCGCUCUGUCUGUCGACUUGUAUAUUAAGGAUUUAAUGAACAGUUCGCCGAAUCAAUCGUAGAAUGAAAAGGUGAAAUGCAAGAAACAUGAACGAUUGAUUUUCAGUUGGUCUUUUACCUGACGAAUGCAGGAAGUUUAGAUGGUUGGUCCUAGUUCCCCACAUCCAUAAAAGCCCAGCUCGAUCGUCGCUCGGCACGCGUGAGAUUUACUUCAAGUAACUCUAGCUUAUGUGCAUAUGGAAAACAUUUCACUACAACACAUUUUAAUCAACGAUAGGUUUACAAUAAGUUUUAGUAAACAACGGUGGUUAUUUUACAAGUGUUUUCAUAUGUGUAAACAAUUUUUUGGAGAAGAAUUUUAGUUACCAUCUGAAUAAUACUUAUCGUAACAAUUGUGAGAUGAAAUCGUAAGGAAGGACGCUUCCGUGACAUCAUAACAUGAUGCCUAAAAAAGAAAAUGUCAACAUUGUAUGCAAACUCCUUUUGUGGCCUUUUGACUUUGCCAUGUUGUAAUCCUCCUUUUGCGUUACAUUUCUAACAAACAGUGCAAAGCGUUUGAUUUUUUCUAACCUGAUAAAAGUAACGAAAAGUCUACGAUUUAUGACGAAAUAUUUCUGAUAUUCUAAUGACGUAAGCAUGAGGUUGCCUACAAUAUAGAAUACAAUACUCAGUGCAGUACUCUCUCGUUCUGUCAACAAGUCAUCGGCAUUUCAAUUGAGAUUUUAACCUUAACAUUCUUUUGUAAGCGGUAUCAGGUCCAUACCUUGGUAUUGAAUUUUUUUUCCGCGCGUUCUUUGCUGGAAGGUAAAAUUUUUAAUUGGGAAGUCGGAUUAUAUUAAAUUUAAUUUACUCCAUUUUCCGUGUUGUUGUGGGUUUAUUGAUAUUUUUAAGGGUACAAAAGCAGUAUUUCCGAUGGCGUGCGCCGAUAAAGGGAAAAUAUUGUUCUAGCGGUUUUGUGGCUGCUCGUAAAUAAUGACCUAUAAAUCAAUCAUCAUUUCAUCAGCUGCUAAUUUCCUCCACCACGUCAUAUAACAGAUUACAGUCAGUCCCGCUGUUUCUUUAUCCAAAACGUCCUGCUUAUGUCCUUGUUGAACAUUACCGACUGAGGCAGGAGCAUCAACCAGAAACGUUUAUGACAACAACGAUGAGGAGAAAGAAACGGGCAGGGGAGGGGAGGGCAGGGCGGGGCAGGGGGAUGAGGAAAAAGAAUGAUUUUCUCUCAAACAGUCGAGGGCUGGUCUACAUUUUGAGGAUUAUGGCCUAUAGCGACAAAACGUGCGUGAAAUAACGACUCUCAAAAGUUUAUGCGAUUCCGAGUAAAAGAAUAUGUAAAUUAGGUCACGUAACCUUUAACGGCCAUUUUGCGCGGAAAAAACUUUAGUUAGAAAUGGCACCAUUUUAUAAUAGCAGUCAACUGCAGUCAAUCAAAGAAAUUGCAACCAAGCAUGUCCCUAGGUGAACGACUAAACAUCUGUGCCCGGGCUUUGUUGAAUAAGUUAUUGAAAGUGUAAAUAAAGGGAAUUUUGUACUAGUGCCCAGUCCCCUUUUCAAACGAUUUUCGAAUUUUGACCAUGUCUAAAAGAUUAACUUAAAAGGCCCGGACACAGAACUGAUGUACCCAAUAGUCUCAUAACUAUGACGAUGACUGCAACUUCCAAAAAGUAAUUAAAAGGGGUGCUAUAUUGCCAAAAAGAUUUUUGUGCUAAAACUAGCCUUAAUAGGUCACGUGACAAUUGGUGACUCCAAUCAUCAUUCAAAGUUAUUAUACUUUGUGCUAUAUUUAAAGCUUAAAAGGUGAGACCACCCCACCCCCCCCCCUUGUUUUUGAGGAAUAAGAUAUAAGACACAUACCUUAAUUUUCUUGAAAUGACAAUAAAAUGCUGGUGCAACCUUGAGACGUGCGGAAAAAUCAGUGCAAACAGACAUGACAGGAAAGAUAAACUCAGAAUUCUAAUUUGUAGUCCUUUUUCCAGCUUGCAGGAACAGCCAUCUUGGGGAUAGGAAUAUGGACCGAAAUAGACCCAGGACAGUUUGACGCGUUCCUAGGCAACAGUGGCUAUUCUCUUCCCGCCAAAAUUUUAAUGGCAGCCGGCGGGUUUGUGAUGGUCAUCGGUUUUCUGGGAUGUUGGGGAGCAAUCAAAGAGAGCCGACCUCUGCUUGGCAUGGUAAGUAUAUGAUUGUUUCUUUUUCGUGAAGAUUAAACUGAUUCUCAUUUCCAUUGUUUUAAUUUACAUUUGUUCUCUCUGCAAGUGACAAAAAAUAAGACCAAGCGUCACAGCUAAACUUUGUCUUCAAGCUAUCCUCGAAGAGUCGGGCCAAAACGGUCGCAAAACAGUGCUCCCUGUCCUGUUUUUGGCCCCAAACCGAUCUUGCCUUUCAGCAAGCAGUUCGAGUGCGGCGUGUCGAAAGAGACCUCCUUUGCCUUCUCCAGACAGUUCAUCAUCCCAGAACGUCCCUCGGCUUCUGUUAAGUGUCACAGCAUGUUAGACCUUCAGAGUUUUUUUUUUCUCUUUUUUCCCACGAAAUUUGCUGUAAUGUUCGCAUAAUCCAAUAUGGUAUUGAUCUUCUAGAGGUUUCUUGGUCAACCUCGUCCAAAUUAGAUUACAAAAUGGCGUUGCAUUAUUGGAAAACGACACUGAAACGAGGAGACUCGGGGGACAAGGUUGGCCUCCUGUUCUCACGUAACAUAACAUAACAUAACAUAACAUACAUGUUUAUUCAAACUCCUAUAUAACUACAUAAAUUUGAAAGGGAGAGUCUAGAGGUUAACCCUAUGAAUAAAACUCUGCUAAAAACAACAAACAAACAAUAAAAAUUACAACUUUAAAAAGGAUUUGAGUUUACAUUUAAAAAGUUCAAGGGUACCGGCUUCAACAACAUUACUAGGUAAAUUGUUCCAAUAACUAAUUACGUUGUUAAAAAAAAGAAUAUUUAAAACAGUUGAUUCUAGAUAAUUUACAAUAAAGGUUAUACGAGUGAUUUGCCCUAGUGGAUGUGACUUUUGCGAAUUGAAAGAAUUCCUCAAAAUCCAAGUGUGAUAAGCCAAACACGACCUUAUAACAUUCAACAAGAGAGGAAUAUGUCCUAUGACUGGAAAAAGAUGGCCAAUGUAACGUGUCACAACGCUCUUCAUAAGACAUAUCACCUCUUUUUUGCCUUAGAGCUAAUCUUGACGCGCGUCUUUGCACGCUCUCUAUUGCAUGAAUCAGUCUUUGACAAGAUAUGGGUUCCAGACUGGGGCAGCAUACUCUAGAAGUGGUCUGACCAAUGUUUUGUAAAGCAAUGAAAAAGUUGUUGUAUUAGCUGUUCCAACAGACCGUCUUAUUAGCCCUAGGACUUGGUUCGCCUUAUUCACCAUAGUACUAAUAUGUUCACUCCAAGUAAGAUCUUUUGAUAUAAUAAUUCCAAGAUCUUUAAAGCUCUUGACAUCUUUUAAGGCCGUACCUAGUUUAUAAUUCGUAGUCGAUUUGUCACGUGAAUGCGUCAUUCGCAUUGCUUCACACUUUUCCUCAUUGAAACGAAGUUGCCAUUUUUUCGCCCAUUUACCAAGAUUAUUCAAAUCAGUUUGAAGGUAUUGUUCAUCGAGACUAGGGUUGCGAAGCUCUCUGUAAAUCUUUGUGUCAUCCGCAAAUAAUUUAAUUUUUGAAGAGACACUAUCAACGAUAUCAUUUAUAUAUGAUAGGAAUAAAAUUGGACCAAGAAUAGUUCCCUACGGGGUACCAGAUAUCACAGGUGCCCAAUCAGCAAAAGUCCCUCUUACAACAACUCGUUGCUUUCUACACGUGAGGAAAUGCCUCAACCAGUUAAGAAGUUUGCUCCCAAUACCGAGGCUAUAUAACUUUAUGAGUAGACGCUCAUGAGGAACACUAUCAAAAGCCUUUGCGAGAUCAAGAAAUACAACAUCUGUUGCUACAGAUGAAUUCCUAGAUCUGGCGAACUCAUGAAAAGUAGAGAGUAAUUGGGUCACAGUAGACCUACCCUGCCAAAAACCAAAUUGGUUUUUGUUUAUCACGUUUUGGUACGUUGAGGUUUUCCAGGAAGAACUGAACAUUUCUUGAUGGAAUUAACUAACUAACAGCUUCAAGGAGUAUGCCGCUAAAUACAGGUUCUCUAAAACACGUUUGACUGCAUUUUCUAUUGUUAUUUCUGCAGUUCUUUGCUUGUUUGUUCCUCAUAUUUGCUGCUGAGGCCGUAGCAGGUAUCCUUGGUUUCCUUUACCGUGACAAGGUUAGUAAUGACGACCGUUUUUCACGUACGUUGAAUUCUGAAACGGAAAAUUGUGAACUCUUUUGUUGCUAUUGCUGCUUCUCUUUUAAGUUUCUGCUCCCUCGCCUGUGCCAGGUUCUCAGAGUGUAGGGACACCGCGAAAACAGGGUCAGUUGAAAAUAAUUUAGACGCACGUGAUCUGGGAAUGGAAGCGGCGGUAGAAAAAAAUGCCGUAUUUGCCAUCCCUGCACAUUACCAUCCUGGAGCCUGGAACACGCUAUUUGUUCCCCAACUCGGGUUGUAAGUAAUUCAGACACGUUUCAUUUUCCGAUUUUCUCCUUUUAAGAUGUCUAUCCCAUUUCAAGUUUCCAAAGUCCAUUCCCCAUUGGCAAAAAGGUGCGGACAUUUCUAGACCCAGAAACUCAAUUCCAGUCUUCUAGUAGGCCAACUGAAUGGGCAAAUCCCAGUUUGUAUUCGACUCCUUCAGCGCCCAAUAAGUCUGCAGAGCCUGUUUACUACUACUGAACAACAGAUUCAUAUAUCGCCUGUGCUGACAACCGUUACGUUUUUCACGGGCAGGUUGACGAGGAAAUCACAAACACACUCAGUGACGAAGUCAAGAUGAACUACGGAACAAAGAUUGAUUCAACCACCAACCAGAACAUAGAUAAUUUACAAAUACGAGUAAGUUCAAUCUGAAAUUAAACCUAUCAAAGGGUUAAGAUUUUUUUCUAGGCGUAUGAGCAGUCAACCCAUAUCAGUCAGCCGAACGGUAACAACUCCUUUAUCCUGGUAAAGGCAGUUUUCUUCCCUUGACCGUCGACGAGGAGGGUGGUAUUUGUAGACUUUAUAGUCCCCUUGUGAUCAGUAGUCUUUUAUAAUUUAUAAGUCAGAUGACUUCUUUGACUCCUAGUGUCGUCAGUUGAAGAGGUGCAGUGUUUGACUAACCCACGUUUGAUAUAUUAAAAUUCUAACAUGACUCCAAUACUUUCUGGUCAAUUUUGUAUAUUUGGUUUAGGGCCUAUUUACAAGAAGGUGGGGGACCUCAGGUAGGUGAGCUAACCCGCUUAGGUGGGCUAACCCGCCUGUCCAUACAAUCUUUCAUAUGGUCACCCCAACUAUCAUGUAAACGUGAUCAAAUUAAAAUAAGAGAUUAAAUAGACAAGCGGGUUACUUCACCUACCUGGGGUCUCCCACUUCCAUGUAAACAGGCCCUUAGUUUUCUGUGUGCUCAAGCCUCUUCUGGGAAUUGCGGACAUUGAAGUCGUGAAAAAUUUUCAAUUUUGACCCUUAAGCCUCGGGGUCAUGUUAGAAUUUUAAUAUAUCGAACGUGGGCAAAAUUACAGUUUCGAAUUCGUCGCGGCCGCUGAAUAGAAGCACUGAUGUCUCAUGUAUUCUGGGUUAGCCUCGAUCAUAUAAGGUAACUAUUCACAAAUUCCAGUCAGAAGAAGACCUGUGUACAACCAUGUCUUAAGUCUAUUGUUUUAAACUCAAAUACAAGCACCUUCUUGCCGGUAUUUGUGAAUAUUUGGCUAACCCUAUAUAAAUGAGUCUUCAGUGCUUCUAUUCAGCGGUCGCACGAAUUCGCAACUGGACUAUUGAAGCAGCAACAGUAAUGAAUUAAAAAAUAAUUAACUUAGUAAUAAGUAAUAAUUAGUAAUAAUUAACUUCGUCAGUUUUUAACAGAGUGUAGGUACGCCGCGAAACAGUCCCUAGGUCUUUCACUCAAUAACGCGGCAUAUAAACUCCUCAAUUAAUCCUACGAGGACUCAUGCGAUAACGUUUUUAUUACUUAAAGGUAAAAUGGUAUAGGGACCAAUGAAAUAACAGGUUUGGAUGGGUGCAGGUCAAUGGAAAUUGUACCGAGGAAAUCUCUAUCAGUUACCAUUUUAAUUGGAGAGAAGAAAAUGCCCUCUCUCUCAAACAAUUAGCGGACAGUAGAAAUUUUACCCAUAAACAAACAACAGCAACAACAACAGCAUCUUUUAUUUAAACAAGAUAAGUUUACAGCGUAGCUGAUGUGGUUGUGUAUGACACAACUCAAAAUGAAUAAAAAGUGAUAGGAGAAGGUACUAAAAACAUUUACCCGGCUGACUUUGCACGAAUACAUUUACAUAUUACUAUUCACAGGUUUCUAUCUACACUUUUCUAUUUACAAUGAUUCAGUUGUUACAUUUCUAGUGAUACACCGCUGUAUUUAUUCACUUGUUUUCCCCUUGUACGUGGGAAACCAUGCCCUCGCGUAUUUCCUGGUAGAAAAAGGGAUGUUUUCUGUUUUUGUUGAUAGUGAGCUUUUCUCGUUGCCGGAGAAAAGGCAUGAGAACAAAUUAAUUAAUCGCAUUUUAGAGACUAUACUUUUCCCUUUCUUUUCUAAAAGUUGGAAUGUUGUGGAGCCUCCAACUACACGGACUGGAUGGAAAGCAAGUGGAUUGAAUUAGAAAGUAUGGACAGUAAAAAAGUGGUUCCAUUAAGUUGCUGCAGGGAAGGUGCAAAUACUACUACAUGCAACGAGAAGGAUAAUCUUAACAUCCAUAGAAAGGUAAAGUUUGUGAGCUCGAAUAAUUUCUUACUCAUCGCCGAGCCGAUCAUUGCUAUAAUUAACUAGAACAGUCAGCCUCUACCUUCCCAGUCAUCACCAUCACGAUCAUCAUAAUCAUCAUCAUCAUCAUCAUCAUCAUCAUCACCAUCACCAUCACCAUCACCAUCACCAUCACCAUCACCAUCAUCAUCAUCAUCAUCAUCAUCAUCACGAUCAUCACGAUCAUCAUCAUCAUCAUCAUCAUCAUCAUCAUCAUCAUUAUCAUCAUCUUCGUCGUCGUCAUCUUCAUUAUAAGGGAGGUUUAAAAGCAACAACCACGACCACCGCAGCAGCAACUUAACGUCACUGGGCUGAAUGAAUUUGCCGUCUUUCAAACUCUUUUGCGCUCAUUUAACUGAGUCAAUUUGCAAAUGUUGGAAAAUUUUACUGGAGCUGAAUUCUUAAGGACUCUUCCCAAGGUAAAUGAGAAACGGGAAUUCGUCGCCGUGUGGUCACGUCCUCUAUAAAACGUCGCAUCAGGAAGGUUCACGUUCGGGUCGUGUUGUGAACGUCAAAGAAAUGUACCAAAUAGCGUAAUGCACGUGCAGUGCCAUUGUUUUGCUGAUAUAACGAAUUGUUUAACGUGUUCGUGACCGUCGUAGUCGCGAUUGUUUAAGCUCUCUAACAUCAUUUCCUUCACAAUUAUCAUCAGCCUUGGCAAAAUCUGUGACACUUCAUCUAUCAACAUCAUCUCCAUGGCGACCAUCAAAAUCACCAUCACUAUUCUCAUGUGUAACCUUGUGACUAUAGCCAUCUGCAAUGGCAUCUCCAUUUAAACAACAUCAUCAUCACCACAUAACUAUCAUCACAACCAUCACCACCACCACCACCACUGGUUUUUAACUAUAUAGUAAUCUUCUUCUUCGUCAUAACUUCCACCUCUCUUGUAAAUAAAAAAGACCGGAACAACAUGGUCUUUAUCUUCAUCAACAUAGCCAACGCCGUGCCAUUACUACGCAUCAUCAUCAUCAUCAUCACAGUGCCGUAGCCAGACCAAACGGCCAACCGAGGCAGGCGGGAGUUGCUAGGGGGGGUUCGGGGGCAUGCCCCCCCCCCCGAGAAAUUUUGAACUUAAGUCUCUCGGAAAUGCGAUUUGCAGCGUUUUCUGGGCCUUUCGGUAACUUUUUUUCGAGUUAAUUUAAGUGGAAUUUAAAAAGCACUAAUCAGAAACAAGCGACAUAAUCUGGGUGACCGUUAACCUCGCCAAUGGUUUUGAUCAGUAUUUCAAGUUUUUUUUAAACUCAAUUGCAUGCAUCGGGGAACUCUAGCUACUAUACCAUUAAAAAAGUAUCAUAUAACUGACUUAUGCUGAAUUCUUUGUAAUAUCAUGAUGCGUUAAAAAUAUUCGAUGAUCGCUUAUGUAACAUAAAAAUGAUCGGCGAAAUUCGUCAAAAUUUUACCGAGGCGAGUGCCUCGGUUGGCCUCAUACUAGCUACGGCGCUGCAUCAUCAUCAUCAUCAUCACCACCACUACCACCAUCACCACCACACCACCACCAUCAUCAUCAUCAUCAUCAUCACCAUCAUAUCAUCAUCACCACCACUACCACCACCACCACUACCACCACCACCACCAUCAUCAUCAACAUCAUCAUCAUCAUCAUCAUCAUCAUCAUCAUCAUCAUCAUCAUCAUCAUCAUCAAAAUCAUCACUACCGAUUAUUUCAAAUCUCGUCGUUAUCUCAAUUUUUGAAGCUAAGGUUAGCUUAACACAUGUUCUUAUUUUUUUAACCAGGGUUGUGUAGAAGGACUGAAGGACUUCGUAAACAACCAUCUUCUGAUCCUUGGUGUUAUAGCAGUUUCCAUUUCUGCCAUUCAGGUUCGUAACGAAUGUCGAGAUCACGCAUUUGCCAUCCCUAUAUUUUACAGAUCUCAGCUAACAUUAGACGCUUCACAAAUAAUCUCAAUUUUCUGUUCUCAAACCUCUGAUAAUCAACACGGAACAAAAUCGAUUAGCAUGAACAUGAAACCGUGAACGAAGGUCUAAAUGACUUGUGCCGUUAGAGGGCCGCUAGGGAAAAUACUUGGGUGCUCUUCACACAAGGUGCCCGAGCACCAAUACGUGGGUAUCGUCACUAGGUGUGGACCCAGCCCUACAUAGAAAUUGGUGAAAGCGGGAUUUUCAAUACGAACUAUGCUUUGAAACUGACUGAAGUUACUAACUUUCGUCUUCUUUCGUUUGCUAUUUUCAGUUACUCGGAAUGAUCUUUGCCUGUUGCCUCUUCUGUUCCAUCGAUGAAUAA